UUAUUUUUAAACAGUUUUUUUAUCGAUUUAUUAAUUUGUUGUUAUUGUCUACGUCUUAUUUCAAACCAGUUGUAAUAUAAUUUAUAUGUUAAUAUAUUCUGUCAACUCCAAAAUUAUUACCAUUUAUUGUUUUUCUCUAUUUAUAUUUUUAACUAUUAUGUAUUUAUAACGUUUUCUCUCAACGCGAAGUAAUGUUCAUUCUUGAAAAUUUGUAUUAUUUGUAAGCAGUUGAAGAAUACAAGGUUAAUAAAUAUAGUGUGCAUUGUGCAUGAGUCCAUGAGUGCACGUGAAGAAAAUUAGAAACUAGUUUUGUUGCGCCUAAUUUUAAUCCAGAGGUUAUAACGUUUAUUGAUCAAAUAGCUGAUAAAACUAAUUAAAGAUCAUUUAAUUAUACUUCGGUAAACAUCAUUAUUUUUAAAUUAUUUCGUUUGGGUUUGGAGGUACAUAUAACAAUAGAUUUGAUAUCAUUUGAUAUUGAUAUUGUGAUUAUUUAAGUACUUACGUUCUGUAUACUCAAGUUAUAAGUUUAUUUAGAGUCGGCAGUUAUGUCUGCUUCAUAUUCCAAAUUAUUUUUCCAAAUAGGGAAAAGGACAUUGUCUUUAAAAACAUCUAGUCCACUAAAAGAAGUGAAGCCCAAUGUAGCCACAGAGAGCCCCUUGAAUGAUUUAUUUGGCAGACACCAUAAUUACUUAAGGAUAUCUUUAACAGAGAGGUGCAAUUUAAGAUGUCAGUACUGUAUGCCAGCUGAAGGAGUAAAACUGACCGAAAAGGAAAAACUACUGACCACCGAUGAGAUUUUAAAAAUUGCGAAUCUAUUUGUUCAAGAAGGUGUUAAUAAAAUAAGACUCACAGGUGGUGAACCAACAGUAAGAAAAGAUAUAGUAGAUAUAAUCUCAAAUUUGAAACAAAUCAAAGGACUCGAAGUAGUUGCAAUGACAACAAAUGGAUUAAUGUUGACUAGGCAGUUAGUGGCUUUGCAACGGGCUGGAUUGGAUAUUAUAAAUGUGAGUCUGGAUACAUUGAUCCCGGAGCGUUACGAACGUAUCACUCGUAGAAAAGGAUGGCAACGGGUAAUGCUUGGUGUGGAUUUGGCUCUGCAAUUAGGAUACGAUCCUGUGAAAUUAAAUUGUGUCGUAAUGAAAGAUUUCAACGAGGAUGAGAUAAUUAAUUUUGUAGAGUUAACAAAAAAUAAAAACCUUGAUGUAAGGUUUAUUGAAUAUAUGCCUUUUACCGGGAACAAGUGGGAAGUUGACAAACUGGUUACCUAUCAAGAUAUGGUAAAGAAAAUAAAAUCGAUUUGGUCAGAUUUCGCUCCCUUGAAAAAUAAUCCAAAUGACACCUCAAAGGCUUGGAAAGUGCCUGGUUUCAAAGGUCAAGUAGGUUUCAUAACGUCGAUGAGUGAACACUUCUGUGGGUCAUGCAACAGGCUGAGAAUCACUGCGGAUGGCAACUUAAAAGUUUGCCUGUUCGGUAAUACGGAGGUUUCAUUAAGGGAUGCCAUUAGAAGUAAUUGCUCCGAUGAAGACCUAACCGCGCUGAUAAGCGCCGCGGUUAAGAGGAAAAAGAAACAGCACGCAGAAUCUCCCCCGCAACUGAAGUCGCCCAUUUCCAUUAAUAUAAAUACCCCACUACUCCAUUUAAUUCCGAAAGUCAACAUUCAAACCGCUAUUAGAACUUUUGCGACAGACCCAAAACCCAUACUCACUCACGUAGAUCAACACGGCAAGGCGAGAAUGGUGAACGUGUCGGACAAGUCGGUAACGACACGCACCGCCAAAGCAACGGCGAAGGUAAAAGUGGGCCCAGAAAUCUCGCACCUCAUCAAGGAGAACGCCCUGAAGAAAGGCGACGUACUGAGCAUCGCCGAACUAGCGGGGAUUAUAGGAGCGAAGAAAACCUCCGCUCUCAUACCCCUCUGCCACAAUAUUCCAUUGAACAGCGUAAGGGUCACCGCCGAGUUGGACAGUAAGACGCAGGAAGUGAUUAUCUACGCCGCGGUUCAAUGUGAGGGGAAAACUGGCGUCGAAAUGGAGGCACUGACCGCCGUUAGCGUUGCCGCUUUGACGGUUUAUGAUAUGUGUAAGGCGGUCAGUAAGACUAUUGUCAUAACGGAUAUUCAUUUGUUGAGUAAGAGCGGGGGUCGUAGUGGAGACUAUGUUAACGAAGAGAUUGUAGUGAGGGAUUAUAAUAGAUCGCCCGAUGGGAGGUUACUACCAUAUGUAGGGCCUAUGUGACAAAAGAGAAAGACAAAACAGAUUUUACUCGGUGAGUAAAAUUUGAUUGAAAUUUUUAAACGACAUAUACAUAACUUUUCUAGUGACUGUCAAAGAUAUUCAGGCGUAUAAGAACAAGUUCGAUCGGGUAACAGCAGUUACAUUGUUGCAAUAUUGCCACUUCUUCAGAUAUAAUAAGAAAUUUUUAGAAUCUAGGAAUCAAAAUGAGAAGGUUUAACUAAAUUUGACGUACAAUACAAAGUUACCUCGUUUUGCCCCUAGGGGUCGUCAAAAUUAACAAAAUAUAUAAAUUUUUCCCAGAUAACUCUUAAAACGCUUUUUCUGAUUUAAAUAAAAUUUAGUAUGCUAUUAUCGUGUAUAGAUGUCACUUUUUGACACAAUCAAAGUAAUUACUAUUGCAGGAGUGGAAAAAUACCCCCACCACUAACCAAAUUUGGUGAUAUUUCUGCCGAUGUUCUUCCUAGUUCUUUUCUCUCCUAAAUUUGUUGUAACCUUAACAUUAAAGACAUCACGUCGUAAUCAUACGAAAGAGUUGUAUUGAAAUAAGUAAAAAUAUACAGGGUGUUCCAUUAAAUAAAAAAGUGGCAAUCUGGCAAAAAUGUAAUUAGUUUUACCCCCUCAUGUCGAAAUUGACAUCAUUUUCUGAUAUAAAAAUUUUCCGUUGAGGCUUUCGCUUUUGAGGUACAGGGUGUUGUGAAAAGAAUGUAUCUGUGAAUAUUAUUUUCUGAGCAAAUAGAAACAUUUAAGCAAAGUUGUGUGUGUACAAUACAUGAAAAAAACGGUGUCGUAGGUAAGAGCUAUGCCGGUUACACUUUUCUCAAAAAUGCCACCGGAAAAAAAUGUUUACUGAAAUUCAAUUUUAUUUUCAACAAAAAUGAGCUUUUUUAUAUAGUUUUUACCAUUUUAGUACAAAUCGGCAAUUCAUAAAGUGUUAUAUUGUGCUUACAAAAUUUUGUUCCGUUAUUUUUGUUUGGACAGAGGAUAUUUAGAAGUACAACUUUUUUUGAGAACUAUGAUACCUUAUAUAUAAAAAAUAUGGAGUCCAAAGAAAACGAUUCUUAAUAAACAAACAAUCCUUAAAUUUGUAGUCCCACUAUUUUUGAUAAUCAUUUUAAUUUGAGAAAUACUUUACUCAAUUUAGGAAUUUUGGAGUCUCAGACCAAUAACUUAAACUCUGAGAUUAAAAUAUCUUCUAUACACUAGGCUGGAACUAAUAAGUGCCAUUCUAUUUAUUUAAAAUUAACUAGUUCUAUAACUGGCAUGUCUUCGUUUUCAAUAUCGUUUGGGACAUUUUUGAUUUAUCUCGUUCUUGAUUCUUGUUUGAUGUUGUUUAAUUAUUUGUCGUUAGUUGGUAUUAAACAAAUAUGAUGUUUUAAGUUUAAUCGUAAAUGUAGAAAGGAGCUAUAUUGAUUGAAAAUGCCAUUUGAAAUAAUCAAAAUAUUACUAAAUAAAUUCCUGUUAAAAAUUUUGGAGUAAAUCGGGAGUUGAAUAUUUCCAAUACGUUUUUAUAUGUUGUGAUAAAUACUAACGAUUUUCUUUAAUUUUUUUAAAUAAUUUAUAUAUACCUUUAUACAGGACACACCCCUCUAAAAUUUAUUUGGGGUGCAUAGUUCCAAUAAUUUUUUUUGUAUUUAGUAGAUGUACUCACUAUGAUUCUAUUAGUAAAUUAUGACCUGUGAUUUUUUGGAAAAUCUCUUUGACAAUUUUUUUUUAUUAAAACUGUCUACAUAGAUCACAUCAGAUACAUCACUUAAAAUCGCUGUAUCUUAACCACUUUUAGCAACUUAUAAUUCGGAAUAAUUUAUUUAUGCGAAUUAAAAUUUUAGGUUGAUGCAAUUUGUUUCACUUUAAUGAUUUUGAAAAUGCCUUCAGAUACAAAAUUAGCCAAUUUAUGACUAGUGCUGAUUAUAACUGGUCUACUUUUGAACCUAAAAUUGAGAUUUUCAAAACUUAGAUUCUUAAAAUCAAACAAACUUCAAACGUUUUAAAAUUUCAAGUCUGUAUUAAAAAAAAGUUAUUCCAUAUAAUUUUAUGAAAAAUUGCUUAAAAAAACGCGGUAGGCUGUGAAAAACGAACUGGAUCAUAGUAAUUGGUUCGGUAAGUACAUCAGAUUACUAUACAGGGUGUAACAUUUAACACUCCCGCUGCCAAUACCUCCGAAAUGAAGAAAUUUAUUUUAG